AUGUAUGAAUUGAAGUGUAGCAAGUGCAACACUGUAUACAAAUGCAGUACAUAUAAGAGGAAAGGAUUGGAACUUUAUUACAACGAUGUUUUAGAGCAGGAGUAUUUCAUGUCAACAUGCGACUCUGUGUUUUCCAUAGAAUUUAUGAGGAGGAUUGAUAUUGAUAUAUUCAGGAAAUCGGCAUCAUUUGAAGGAAUUGCGUAUGCAUACAAUGACGAACACUUGGGAAUAGAGUGGAUGAAUUCGCUGAACAAUACACAGAUAUUGGAGAGACGACGUCUAAGUGAGGCAUGGUACAAAAAAACAUUAAUUGAAAUGAAGAAAAAUUAUAACCUACAAACCGAAAUAGAAUAUAUUCUUUCGGAUAAGCUGGAAGGUAUACUGGAAUGUGAAAAGGAUGUCUUAUGGGAGAAAUUUUCAAUAAAAUGGUCUUCAUCACUACAUACUGACAACUGUAACCACGAAGAGUGCUGUAAAGCAAUAGUCAUUGACGGGCAUAUGAAGGGAACACGUUCAGUUUGUGGUGCAACGGAAGUGAAAACAAUUGACUCCGAAGAACUAGGUAGCAUCCAUAUGGGCUGUUGGAAAAUGCCAAUGAAGGGAUCUCUUUAUUGUACUGAACAUAAACAUGUGAAGGAAGAACAUAAAAAGAAACCAACUGAAGGAGCGAAGACAGAGGAAGAUUCUGAAUGUAACACCCUUAAAGAAAAUGGUCAUCUCCAAAACUUCAAAAGUGCAGGAGUGUGUGCAUCUGUAUAUAACUGCGGUAAUAUUAACGGCAUGAGAGAGUUGUACGGAUGUGAGUCUUUGGCCCAAGUCUACAUCUUUUUGAUUUGGUUGGCAAAGGUGUUGGAAAUUUUCCACAUCUACUUGCCUAUGACGAUGCUUGUCAUCUAA